GAUUUUUCCACUUGUAUACCCACUGAGCUACCAAGACAGGUACAGCUCAGCAGGCUCGGCUAUAUAAAAGUCUGCAAUACGUAUAGGCAUUCAAAUUGUGACAUGCUUGAUCUAUGAUGGCCAAGUGCCAAGUUCGAAGGCUCAACAGUCUAGCACUCGAAUUGGCGUUUGCCAAGGAAGCCACACCCUUACCAAAGCCACAUGAGCUACCAAAACACUCUGGUGUAUUGUGUUCCAUUCAAGGCUGCACACACACACACAACAGUAAGUACAGUGGGGUCCUUCAA